CGGACCUAUAGUGAAGCCUGUGCUGCAUGCAGUCUGCUAGACUGUGUGCACGGGGAGAAGGAAUUGACUGCAAAAGAACAUUCUCGGCUGUAGCCUGGGGGUUUCAUGUUAGAUUUCAGCUCUGUCCUUUCACAGGCUAAAUAAUAAUAGCAUAGACCCGCACUCCACCUAUCCUGGUAUCUUGCUUCUGGCAGUGGCCAGUACCACAUGCUUCAGAGGAAAUGGCAAGAAAUGCUGCAAAAGGCAGUUAUAUGCCCAGGGAGAGAUUAUUUGCCCUGAGAGAAAAUUUCCUGUAAUCUGUCCCCAGGGAGAGUGUCUGAUUCCUGUUGUUUCUGAGAAAAAUGGUUGCAGACUCGUGCCGAAAGUCCCUGCUUUUAUUUGGUGUGUUUGGGAAAUACGGACGCUGACUUUCAUUGCAGUAAAUGUCAAUCAGUGUGUCUGCUUUGGCUUGAGCUAUGCACAUGGGCUGUGCAAAAUGUCGUCACAGACAUGCUUCCCGUGAUGCCCUGUGAGCGAAUAGGCGUGUAGCCUGCACUCAUCAGGUGAUCUAGGCCCCAUCUUUUGUAUGGUGCGAUUGUAUCAUUUGUGUGUGUGUUACAUGGGCGCGUUAGCUCGUUAUCUGAAUGAAAUGGGGGACAUGGAGUUUAUUUGGAUAAAUGGGAGUGUUCCGUGUCAGUGAGGCUAUCCCCACCAUGUGACCUACAGUCAGGUAACGCAGGAGUUUGGGUUCAGAGGUUUCUAUGUUAUUUAUUCAUGCAAAUGCAGGUGGUAGUUUUGGUGAGUUCCAGCUGGAUUUUGAACCAAGCCUCAGGUUUUCCUUUCACAGGAAAUGGCUUUCUAUGAAACCAGAUGCUGCAAAGAGUUAAAUUCCCAAGUGACUGGUUGCAUAAAGCAAAGGAGCGACAGAAAAAGGACUUUUUGCACAUUGAAAAAGGGCUCGAUUGGUUUUUGGGCAAAGAAACGCCCUGAGCUGCUGGGGUGGUGAGAGCCGGGGGAGGGGUCUUGGGUUUGCAGAAAUUAAGUAGUUAGGAAAACAGAGAGAGACCAGGGGGCUAUUCUGGCCACUGUACAACGAUAUUCUUCUGUAUUUAUCUAAUGCUGAUGGUGUGCUCACUGCCAGUGCUUGGCUCAGACGGCACAAUCGUCACCUCCUUUGAGCUGGAAUCUGUCACAGCCCCGGGCAGAACUUGAAUUAGGAAAGCCUUGCAGGUAGAACAAACCAGCGCCCCAGUCCUGCCAGCACCAGUGCCUGUGUCUGGUUUUACCCCCGUGGGGUGACGGGAGUGCGCCAGUGAAGCCAGACCAACACUCGUGUUGCUUGUGCCCAACAGAAGACAGGUGACCCAAGUUACUGGUAAAGGCUAAUGAGCUGGCGCUGGGGCGGUGCGAAUUCGGGAAUUGCUUCCCAUUGGCCAGGAUGAGGGGGUGGCACUUGAAAGCGCUUGGAUUGCUUGAGAGGAAAAUGGGAACAUUUGAAUGGCCCAGCAGCCUCGUUUUGGGGUGCGACCCCCAGCUUGGGAACGGCUGCACUAAGCAUUAUUGCAUCCAGAGCAUGUUGCCACCCAGGUCUCUCCUGCUGCAGCAUGAUUUCAGUGUGGGGAGCUGCAUCGCCCUCCCCACUAGCGCUGCCUGGCUCUGGAUUCCUGUUGCAGUCCCUAGUCAAAGCUGCCCCCCCGCUCCCCCCAGCUGGGUCAUGAGGCAGGGUGCACUCGGGCCUUUCCUCGGUCAUGCCCCUUGUUCCUUCCGGUGCUGAGAGGCGCUUGGCCAGAGUCUGCUCCCGCCACAGCGAACGUGUCUCCUUGCCAGGACCGCUAGUGCUUAUAUCAUCCUCCAGACCGCACCACGCGCCCCAGACCCAUCGCCAUAGCAAUGCGGCUGCUCUGGGCUGGGGGUAGGUGGGAACACCCAGCUUGGCUUGGCUUUGUUCUCUUGGAGAUUUGGGCUUUGGCAGGGGAGGGCUUGUUAAUAAUUGGCCACUGUGAGUACUUUUUGAGGCUUGGGAGACGAGGCCUUUAUGCAGUGCUCUCCAUGUGGCAAAUACCGCAGCGCGCUCUGCGGCGUGUGAACAAUACUCGCGGGUUGGGUUUUGUCUGUCUCAGCCAGAGAGGCAGCGCCCGUCCCGCGUCCCAUGCCCGUCAGCGUUUCGACAUCGGGAGCUUGUCGGGUCUCGGUCGGGGAGUGGUUGUGGAUUGGUGUGCUCGGCUGGCCCUUUGCUGCUCCGUGGUGGGAUCGGCACAGACCUGCCUCUGCCCUGGGAACUCAACGGGGGAACGCUGCCAGACAGGUGUGGAUGCCCUGGAGUCUCUGCGGGAAGGUGUUGGGCAGGUGGCGUCACGAGAGGCCACGGUGAAGCUGAGGGGGGCUGUGUUAUCUGGAGCUGCCGAGCGUCUCCGCAGCCCCAGCACCGCGGCCCCGGGCACUCGCCCUAGCCUUGCUCCCCACCAGAGCCCUGCGACCUGGCCUGCUGGCUCUGCAGAGAGCCCCGGAGAAGCGCUGAGUAACGCUGCCCCCGUGCCCCGAGGGGCGUGGCUGGGCAGGCGGAGGAACGGGCCCCUGGCUCAGGAGGGAGCCACCGCUGAGCGUGUGGAGCCACCGGCCACUACAGCAGCUGCUGAGCACGGGGACAAAACCCGCGACCCGGGAGUGCGUAUGCGCCCGUCUGCUGCAGGAAAGGGGACGCCGGCUGGAAGCACCGGCAGCCCCUGGUUCUCUGCAGCGUCACAGUUCAAGGCAGCAAAUCCCACGUCGGUGCCUCUCCCUGGGACAGUCCCUCUGGGAAACCUGAGGGCAAAAGAUCUCACUUCCCUGGGGGGCAGCAGCUCCGAUAUAGAGUCACCCACGGUGUUUCCUGGCUCUGCCGCCCGGGAGACGGUUUCAUGGGACCAGGCACCUUCCAGCACCCCCGCAGUAACGGAGCCAGUGUACCCCAGUGGAGAGAGCGCGCUCACGACAGGGCCCUCGGACCCGGAGCCGUGGAGCAUGGAAACGCCGGAUGUUGCUCUCGCCCUGAGUAAAGCCAGGGCGGAGACCAGCCGGGGCAGUGCUGCGGGCACACAGACACCAGUAACCUCCGCGCCCGUGGCCAGCCCUGCUCCCGGGGCAAGCGCAGGGGACAAUGGGGCCCACUUUGGAGGAGGGAUGCGGGGGCUGGGGACGGCACACAGGGAAGCUGCCGUUACUGCGGAGUUGGACUUCACUGACCUGGGCCUAGGAGCCAGGCUGCGGAGCCCCACGGAGGGCUCUGGCACGCUGCUGCAAGGACAGACGGAGCUCGCCAUGCGCGCUGCAGCCUCCACACCGGGCGACUCUCUGGAAACCAGCCAGACACCUGCUCUGCGGCCAGACGGCCGGGAGAGUCUGACCUGGCGGCCGGGGGGCAAAGCUAAGCCAGCCCCAGAGACCAGCGGGACCCCAGUGCGCACCCCAGACAGCGGCCUGACAGAGCCGCUCGCCACAACAGCUGGCUCUGCUCCAGGACUCCAUUCCAGCACCCAUCGCAUGGUGCCCCUGGGAAGCCCCAGGCCUGGGGAGGGCCUGGGCCAUACGCCGGUGGAGGCUGGCUCUGAGGAGUCCCCAGGGCGCAGAGGUGUCGAUGGAGUCCCAGAAAACAUGGACUUGUCUCUCUCCAGUGAGGCGCGCACAGAGGGGGACCCUCGGGCAGCGUCCUGGGCCGAGUCACUCCCCGGGGCUUCCCCAGACAGGACGCCAAGUGCCUAUGCUGGGACCCCAAGGCCAUUGGGCCACCUCACAGCACCUGCCCCAUCCCCUGGCUCGGCCCAGCCCCCAGUGCCAGCUGAGCAGCUCAGCAGGGGGGCCGAUGUCUCUCACCCCACAGCUCCUGGCCAGGAGAACGGGGGUCUCAGUGAGCGCGCCCCGGAGCCCAGCUCGUCAACAGCAGCCGCAGCCCUGGAGUGGCUAUCGAGUGACUUCCGGACUCUCGCCUGGCUCCCCGAAACCCCUGCUGAGAGGACUCGAGUGCCUGGCACAGGGGAACCCCGCAGCACGGUCCCAGCCGUGCCCGGUACGGCUGUGUCUGUGAGCACGUCCUCCCAGCCUCCUGUCGCCCACACUCCUGGGGCCAAGCAGCUCUCCCUGGCUUCUGCCCCAGUCGGGGCAGUGACAUCUCAGGAGGGAGUGUUCCCGGGAGCCUCCAGCGGGGAAGCCGUGCCCCGUGGCCCUAGCACCAUGCGAGCCAUCACUCCUCUGGGCUUUCAGCCUCUGCCAGCCAGCCAGCCUGCUGGAGUGGAGACACCGGCAGCCACUCUGCAGAGAGGUUCCACAACGCUCAGCCCGACAGAGCCCCCUGACCCGCCCAGGGCUGGGCUGAGUUCCCCAUUCCCCUUAGAGAAGGAUGUUUCGGGGUCUGCUGCCCUGGGACUCGCAGAGCUCAGCUUGGCCACCACCCCGUCUCCAUCGUGGGACACGGCGACCACUAAUGCCACAGUGGCAACGUCCUCGUGGGCAUCUGCAAGCUGGAGGGGAGGGACCGAGAGGCUGGGCCAGGGGGCAACGGCCCCCCCGGCCUGGGCUGCGCAGGCUGGUUCUGAACCGGGGAAUUCCAGCCAAGCCCCUGAUGCAACACCCCCGAGCGGGGCCGGGGGGGAGCUUUCCGAGCAGCAGCACCGGGGCCCUGUUCAGCCCCACGCCCCCCAUCCCAGAGCUGCUACUAACCUCUGAGAGCGCUGGGUCCCCAGCUGGCAGCAGGAGUCCCUGGCCAG